UACUUUACAUGGCUAUUUCAUGGUCUGUGCAAGUGAUUCCUAUUGCGUUACAAUGUUCAAUGAUACUCCAGUGUAAAAGGGAAUUAUUGAUUUGGUGAAGUACAUAUAGGAUUCUGAAGAAUAUAGCCUGAUCAACAUGCCUGGUUGAGAAUCAUGCAAAAUAUUCAUCUGUACAGUCAUUUGAAGUUUCUUGUGUUAGAGGCGAGGGAUUUGGUCCAGUUCAAGCUUACACAAAGGAAGAACACGAUGACGUCCAAUGCAGGAUGAACAGCGAGAAGCGUGGCAGGGCCAUCAUCCUCAACAACAAAGAGUUUGUAUGUGACAAGAAAACAAGAACUGGAACUGAUGUAGAUGCUUCAAAUGUAUGUGCACGUUUCAAACAUCUUGGUUUUGAGGUUGUGAGGCACAACAACAAGACAGGAGAACAGAUGAAAGAGACUAUAACUGACGUGUCAGCGUUGGAUUUCUCCUCCUGUGAUUGUUUGGUGUGUGUCAUCCUGUCUUAUGGCGAGGAGGGACUGAUAUAUGGGACAGAGGGACCUGUGCAGAUCAAAGACUUUGUUGAUCCAUUCAAAAGGAACAAGUCUCUGGCUGGCAAACCCAAGCUAUUCUUCACGAAUGGUGCAGGUAUGGCGGCAGAGUAUGUUAAUGGUGUUCUGUUCAGACGAGUAGAGACGCACAUAAUCCCCAGAGAAGCUGACUUCCUUAUUGCAUACUCAACUGUUCCAGGUAACUUAUCAUGGGAAGGACAGGGAUAACGAAGAUCCUGGUUUAUUCAGGCUUUCUGUGAUGUCUUGGACAAGUACGGAACAAAGGAAGGCUGACUAUGAUGCAACGCGUCAUCCGCCAAGUGGCUCACGACUUCGAGUUAGAAUUGAAAUCUAGCUUUAAUAUGAGAAUUUAGGAAGUACGUUUUCAAAGCAAGUAAUAUACAUGUCGUGUAAAGCAGCGAUGGGUCUGUCAGAAUUGCAAGACAGAGAUUGUCAUGACACUAACCUCGGUGAGACAGAUGUUAAUGUAAAAGAACACGUAGCUCACGACUUCGAGUCCAAUGAAAGGACUGAAUUGAGAGUUUAUAGGGAUACAAUAUUAAUUCCAUGUUGGCAAAAGAUUUCAUAUUCCCAGAUCAAAUGGGAGAUGUGACUAUGAUGCGUGUGCUUGAAAGUAAUCAUUAAAUGUCUGUAAAAUGGUAACUAAUCAAAAUAGGAGUUAGUGAGUGAGUAUGUUUUUUAGCGUGACAAGAGAGCACUUCAACCACUGGGAUACCCCACCACUACUGUGUUUCUGACAGGUACAGGAUCCGCUCACCUUUUUCGCGAACACCAGUUGUAAAUACUUUUCUACUGUGAUUCAUCAACACAUGCUCCAGUAAAGGCAGGAUGACUUCUUAUGACUUCUUAUUUCUUUCUCUUGAAAUUAUGAUAAUUAGGACACAUUAAGUUUUGGUGUAAAUUUAACAGUCUUGGUUAGAUUUGACAUGAUACAAGGAACGCAUUUUCUAGGUUUCCCUUCUUUUUGAUUGACUUCCUUGCGUGACAUUUCACGGCUCACUCGUGUAAGUGAUUGAAGAAGAACAGCUCCGGGCUUCAUCUCUUUAUGAAGACAUCGCACCAUCCACGAUCCAGACCUUGGAUUCCGAAUUGCAAAGUGCCCUGUUCCACAAAAACAGAAAUAGAUACCAUAGAAAGCCUGGAUGUUCCAAAAAGAAUAAUAUUAUUUGAAGAUGAAAUUGUAUCUUUUUUGCUUCAAUUCACCUGACGAAGGGGCAAGGAAUAGCCCAGAAACGUUCUGACAUACAAUAAAGUAGAAGUUGUCAUCCAUAA